CCUUAAAAUUAACGAUACCUUUCAUGUAAGAUCGAGAAUAGCGCAGGACAAUGUCGUCGUGAUCGUUAUAUUUAUAACUUUAUGAUAUAUAUUGUUACAUUCCUGGUUGUACAGGACACGUUAGGAAUAUUUUAUUAUAUUUAUAAUCAUCGACGCAUGUGUUGUUACAUCAACGAUAAAGAGAGAUUUGUGAAAGGAAUCCACAAAUUUAAUACGAAUAAAUAAAUUAUCGAAAUUUCGUUUAACAAAUUGUAUCGAUCUAAUUCGUUCUCACCUUUGUGAUAUUUAAUUACGUGGACAAUACAUUGAAAAAGUUCACACCAUUUCUUUCAAGUUUUAAGAAUGAUAUUUUUAUAUAAUUAAAAAGAAUAAAAUAAAAUGAAUAACAAAAUUUGUAAAAAGGCGCGAACUUUUCAAAUGAAACAAACGCGUUAAUUAAUUUAAUGCUAUCAAGUGUUUAAUAAGAAAAUAAUAUUAACAAACAAUUUAUUAUAUUUAUUAAUAUAUUAUUUAGUUAUUUAUUUAUUUAUUUAUUUAUUUCAUUCGGAUACUAGUUUAAAUCAAGACAAUAAAUUUAAUUACUUAACGAUGAUUCGUUCAUUUUAUCGAUUACGUAUUUCCGAUCGGUAUCAUAUUUCUGGCCGACAGAGAGCGCCACCGUUUUUGGCGCGCGCACGUACCGUGAUCGACGUAUUUAUUUCUUAUGGAUAAACGAUUUAUAUUUGAAACGUAUGCGUUAUGGAGGGUUUAACAAGUUCAUCGUCAUAUUGGAAUUAGCUUUCAACGUAAUAAUAUCGAAUGAUCGAUCUCUCUUAUUGGUCAUGUUAAUUCUAUUGGUCAUCAAACAGGAUUCUCACGUCGUGAUAUCAUCUCGUCUAGCAAGUUUUUGAUCGUUAUAAACUUUUAACGACUACGACGACGAAAGAGAAGAUUCAACUACGCGUAUGCACAUACGUAAUACACAUGAACGAACAAACAUAUAUAUAUGCACGCACGCAAGACGCAUCAUACAUCCAUAUACAAUACGCACGUACAGCUGGAAAUUCAAGUCUCCUUAAGGAUAGGCAACCCAAUCGGCGUGCAGGUCGUGAAGGAUAACGAGACACAUAGGUGAAGAACAAUGUCACAGGUGCGUAGAAUCGUUCCGUUAAUGAAAAUCACCGAGAUCGAAGAGAAUUCUCCGCAAAAGGUUCAGGAUACGUCGCUGGAAAUAGUCUCGCCGGUAUCAAGCAUGAUUCGUGAUUUCGAUAAGUCUACGAUAUCGUUAAAAGAAUGUAUGGAAAGUGAUACGAACAAUUCAGAUCUGCGUUUAGAUUUGUCCAAGGUAAUCUCGCCGAAUGUGGGAAAAGAACAGAGUCUCUUCAAGAAUGUAUUUAGAAUUAGAAGUACACCGGAAAAAGAGGUAGCUCCUAAACCAAAAGCACGAAGAUUAGUGGGCAUGGCGGCACGAAGAUUCGUCGGUCUUGAAACCUUCUCGCCAUCUACCAACAAAGAAAAUGGCACAGUUAAUCGUAACGUCAACUCUAGUCCGCAGAAAAUAAAUGGAAGCAAACGGUCACGCUUCCCUCUCGAAGAUUGCGACUCGAACAACCAGGAUAACAGCUAUGGAGUUAAUUUGCACGAGAGAGAUACACGUACUGGAUUUCAAUUUGCGGAACCUCUUGGCGUGCCACCAAGACGUAUAAACAUCGCGGAUGCUCGAAGUCCCAUACAAUCACCUAUAAGAUCAUCGCCUCGUGAAUUAUUAACGGAUCCGAUGAUUUUCCGUAGUUUGUCAUCGGGAUACGAGAGUAUGGACGACGAUUUAAACGAUCUUAUGGAUUUGGACGCUUUGGACGAAGCAACGCAUUUACCAAAUGGCCUUACGAGUUUACUAUCUGGUAGCAUAGUUGGAUCGGAAAUAAUGGAAUAUGCUAUAAUAACAACACCGGAGUAUCCUCGUACAAAAGUGAAACGUUCCUUUCGACGUUCUAUGUCAUUACAAAACGACCGAAAUAAUCCGCAGUCGUCCGUAUCGAAAGUACGUUCCUGUCUAUUUCGUUCGCCCUCGACAACCUGUUCAACUCGUAAACUAACAUUCGACGACAAUACACAAACGCGUAAUGCAUCUUAUCCGAAUGUGAACUCACCGCCGGAAACGAGAUCGUUUAAAAGACCAGAUCCACCAGCCGAACAUAGUCCUCGAUUAGUCAAGAGGUCUAGGAUAUCGGUUGACUUCCAACAUAUACCGGAGGACGUUGAAUUGGAGAUAUCGUCGAAACAGACAACUUACGUAACGGAGAUCGAAACGAAGCUAGUCAAAAAAUCAAUCAAGUCAAAUUGCUUGGAGAAUAUGCCAGAAAGUGUAGAAACGUGUGAGCCUAUUAAGGAAACCUUGGAGAAUGUUUUUGGCGAUAGUAAAACACAUGCCAUGAUCAAAUCGGCGAUACACCGUAGCGUAACCGACGCCGAUCUUACAGGUGACUUUAGUAAACCUUGCAUUUUACCUCUUGCCGAGGGUCGACACGAUGAUCUCAAAUCGAUCUCCGUUGAUACCUUGGCAGCAUUGAUGCGUGGUGAUUUUGAAGAGUAUAUUGAUUCCUUCGUUAUCGUCGAUUGCCGAUAUCCUUACGAAUACGAAGGUGGACACAUCCAAGGUGCACUCAAUCUUUACAGCAAGGAAUUGAUCGAACAACAUUUAAUCGAUCCAUUGACCAACGUACCGGAGAUACAACCCAAUUCGUGCAAACGUCGCAUUCUCGUCUUCCAUUGUGAAUUCUCUUGGGAACGUGGACCGAAUCUUUCCCGUUUUCUACGUAAUAUCGAUCGUCAACGUAACAAGGAACAUUAUCCCGCCCUUCAUUAUCCAGAAGUUUAUCUAUUACACGGAGGUUAUGAACAGUUCUAUAAGGAACAAAGAAACCUUUGCUCUCCACAGGGCUACAAACCAAUGUCGGAUCCGAAUCACGAGGCCGAUCUCAAACAGUUCCGUGUUAAGAGCAAAAGUUGGCAAUCUGAAAAACCCGUAAGCAGAGUUAGUGGACUCAUGGUUAGAACGAAUAUCAAGCGUUUAGGUUUUUGAGAUAUUCUUUCUUCUUCUUCUUCUUCUUCGUCUUCUUCUUCUUCUUCUUCUUCUUCUUCUUCUUCUUCUUCUUCUUCUUCUUCUUCUUCUUCUUCUCUUCUUCUUCUUCUCCUUCUUUUUCUCUACCCUUUCUUCCUUGAAUCUCUUUGUGUUCUUCUGUCAAGAUUACUUGGAUGCACUAAGGUGACUUCGACACUAUUGCAAACAAAGAUCUAUACUCUCUCCUUUAUUUUUCUAUUCUUCUAUUUUAUUUAACUUUCUUUUCUUUUCUUUUUUUGUUUUUUUAUUUUUCACAUAUCGGGAUUGAACGCGGCGCGAGUUUCGUUUCUUGUUUCUUUUUCUUUUUCCUUCUUCUUCUUUACGCCUUCUUUCUCCGCAUAUUAUGCAAUCGCGCGUUCAAAGUGCAAGAGGAGCAAGGAAUCGAGUUUUCCUUGCUCGCGAAACUAUAUGUGAGUCCUGUGAAUCGUCAAGUGUCUAAUUCGAGAUUAUAAUAUCUUAUAGAGACUCUUCGAGAAGAGUUCUUUUUCUUCUGUUUUUUUAUUCCCCCUUUUUUCUUUUUUUUUCUUUUCCUUUUCUUUUUUUUUCUGUAUAUAUGUUCUUCCGUACAAGUUAGAUUUAGAUUAUACAUAAACGAGAGAUAACCAUCGAAAAGAGAGAGAGAGAGAGAGAGAGAGAGAGAGAGAGAGAGAGAGAGAGAGAGAGAGAAGAAAAAAGAUAACACCAAUUAAAAAUGCAACACAAACAAAUUGAAAACAAAUUAGAAAAUAGGGGCGCACGUUUCUUUCAGGGGAAAAGAAUAAUUGUCAAUAUAUUAUUAUUAAGUUAAUUGUAAGGAAAAAAUUUUUCGUCGAGUUUUAUGAAGAGGGGAAAGAAAAGAAAAACAAGCAUUCGAUAGGAUAAUAAAUUCCUUUGUGUUAAAUCCAAAUCCGGCGAAAUAAUGAUCAAAGAUGCAAUAGCUCCAUCCUGAUCUACUUACGAAAUGAUGGUGGAGCGGCGUGGAGCCAUAAGAGAGUCAAAUGUGUCACAAAUCUUUAAUGCUUCAAUCAUUAAUUACGGGCGAGCAUCCCACUUGUACACUUAGACACUCUACUCUCUUAUGACUUUACGAUGUAAAAGUGUUUUCACUCUAUCAUCAUUGUUUAUUUUAGAAAAAUAACUUUGCUGUAGAUGUUGUGUGUGUAUGUGAGAGAGAGAAAGAGAAAUAGAAUGAGUAUAUAUAUAUAUAUGCGUGUAUGUAUGCCUGUAUGUCUGUAUGUAUGCGAGAGAGGGAAAGAGAGAAGGAAGAUGAAAAAUGUAGUAUUUUGUUAUCGUCAUUGAGCGUUCUCGUCUCGACAGACGAUACGACCAAAGUAUUUCCUAUUUAGCGAAUUUUUAGGUUAAUUAUCUCUUCUUUUUUGACGACAUCUAUUGCGUUCAAAAUGGCAGGGUAUGCAUGAACAAAAUGGAUGACACGAGUAUUCCUAAAUGUGCAAAGUUCCCAAUGUUAUAAUGUAAAAAUUAUUCCAUGUUAAAUAUACAUUGUAAGCUAAACUCUA